CAUUUAUUUGGUCACGUGACCACAAAGAAUUGUUCUUUGUUUGUCAAGCGUUUUCUCUAUUUUGUGCUUGGGGAGCGGUAUUUUUGUAAAUUUAAAAUGGAGAUAUAAUUCCAAAGCAUGUCAAGGACAGUUUUGCAACAUGAAUAAUAAAGCUUGGGGUAAGGGAUGAAUUGUAAAAUCAUUUCUUUAUUGUAAUAUCGCUCUUAAUGUUUGUCUAUUCGUUUUCAGUUGUCGAAUCUAUGAUUACGACAUGCUCGUUUUAAAUUUUAAGAUUUCUAGCCAUAAAAAGGAAAGUCUGUAAAAUAAUAUAAGAACAAUGGCGUACUAUGUAAAAUAUGGAGAGGAGAAUGGCAUAUUAAAACUAUAUAAGAACCCCAGUGUCAAAUCAUGGGCAAUUUUAACAAUGCUUCUAAGCAUUGGAGGAGCAGCCUCUCUUUUUACGUCCGGUAAGUUAUAUUUACAAAAUUUUCAACAAGCUAAUCUAAAAAAAGUCUUUUUAUAACAUUGUAGAAAACUUUAUAUGGAGAACUGGAUACUUAUGUUGUACGUUGUUUAUCGGUCUAACGUGUAUGGACGAUUUUCAAGAGUGCAUUUUAGAGAAAAAGAAGGAAAGAAUUACAUUUUAUAAACGCAGUUUGCUGCAAAAACUAUUGUCUCUUUCGACCAUCUCUGAUUUUUAUGAAGGGCAUUUAGUAAAUAUACAAUAUGUUUCGGUCGAUUCUAACGGAGAAUAUGGUAAUAGUGGAAAGAUGAAAUGCCGAGUUGUUGUAUGCUGUCAAGAUAUUGAAAAUAAUCAAAAUCUCAUUUAUCCAAUAACUGAUGGAUUUUACGAGGAAUGCGAAUCUCAUUUUGAAGUAGCCAAGAAGAUUGCAGAUUAUUUAGGUCUUAUUGAGAUACGAGAAGAUCAGGAAGAGGAAGAAGAGGAAGGAACUGGUGAAGAGGAUGAAGGAUCAUUGUCUGAGACUAGUCAUGAAAAUGAAGGGGAAGAGUUUGCCAUCGAUCAAAGCGAAUCAGACUACGGUAGCAAUGAUUAUGACGACGGAACAUCGAGCCAAAAUUCUUUUGAAAUGGAUAAUACAUUUGACGAACAAUCAGAGGAGGAAGUCAAAAAUUUUCCAGUUUAA